GGCCCGACUGAUACACCCACUAUCGGACAAAACGAGAGACACCGUUGAUCAGAUCAAGCAAGGGCGUCUGACGGGGGGAUCCAGCAUAAUAAAUACGAGACGGUGUCCCGAGGAACGUGUGUGUCCGACCGCGGACUUUCCUGUUGCAGGGGACGACUCACGCGACGGCGCCAAGCCACCCUGCGCCACGCUGCUUACGCCAUCCGUCAUGGCCCCACUGGCGAGUUCCAUCCCAAAGUAAAGGCAAGGAACGCAGCGAACCACAACAAACGACACACCCCCGCCCUCGGCACCCACCCCCCCACAAACAAAGCACAACAUGAUACGUCGUCAAACCCGCAUGCGGAGGGAGUACCUCUACCGCAAGGCUCUCGAGACGAAAGAUAGGCAGAUAUACGACCGCAAGCAGGCGCUCAAGGAGGCUGUGGAAUCUGGAAAACCGAUACCCGUAGAGCUCCGCAAAGAGGCAAACGCAUUACGGAAAGAUCUGCAAUACGAUGAAAACCAAAACUUGCCGACAUCCCACAUCGACGAUGAAUACGCCCAAGCAGGCGUCGUAGACGCAAAAGUCCUCAUCACAACCUCGCGCGACCCAUCGACCCGUCUCGCCAUGUUUGCCAAAGAAAUGCGCUUGAUGCUGCCCAACGCCCAACGGAUAAACAGGGGAAACUACGUGCUGAAGGAUAUCGUGGAAGCGUGCCGGUCGAACGAGGCGACGGAUCUGGUUAUCUUGCAUGAGCAUCGUGGACAACCUGACGGCCUGGUAAUUUCCCACUUCCCUUACGGCCCGACUGCCUACUUCACCCUGCACAACGUGGUCCUACGACACGAUAUCCCCGACCGCGGCACCGUCUCCGAGCAAUACCCACACCUGAUCUUCGACGGCUUCAACAGCAAACUGGGCGAACGGUGUCAGAAUAUCUUGAAAUAUCUGUUUCCGGUCCCGAAGGAGGACUCGAAACGGGUUAUGACGUUUGCGAAUAAGAGUGAUUUUAUCUCGUUUAGGCAUCACGUGUAUUACAAAGUCGGCAACGAAGUGCAGUUGGCGGAAGUUGGACCACGCUUCGAAAUGCGAUUAUACGAAAUCAAACUGGGCACAGUAGACGUGACGGAAGCGGAUACCGAGUGGGUGUUUAGGCCGUAUCAGCGCACGGCGAAGAAGCGCGAUUUCUUGUAGAAGGGUUUUCAUUCAGGGAGGGGGAACGGUUUGCUGCAAAGUCCGGGUAGGGCUCGGUACGGGCUGGAGGUUGGAAGGCGGGGCGGUUGAGUGUAAGUCUGGAAGGCAGACAGGACGCACACGUACGCUACGCAACACAUCGGUCCGAAGAAACAUCAGGUGGCCUUUCACCCCUC